AUGCCCUGCCGGACGGAAAUGCUUGCACUCCCCGGGGAGCCUCAACAUCUUAGCCAGACACCGUCCCCACUUAAGUCAUACACCGGGCUGGCUGGUAGCAUGCAAUUUUCCCGCUCCGAGUGCACCAGGGCACCAUGCGCCCUGCAAGUUUCGAACCUAAUGCCGUUAAGCGACCUGUCGUCUGAUCCUAGGGGACAGCUCCUGCACUAA